GUUCCCACAAAUGUCGGGCAGAACUCCGUCACCGCUGGGUUCAAUCUUCACUAAUAAGCGCUUCGAUUCCAAAGCGCCGGGUCCAGCCGAGUCAAAGCUCGCUCCGUGGUGUCGGCUUGUUUCAUCCGCUCGAUAACGUCGGGCGCCGGCCGAAGUACCCCAGAUCCCAACGUUUCUGUACCGCUUGUCGGGAUACCCGGAACAGGCACGGCAGCAUCGCGCUGUUUCCAACGUGCACGAUGGAGUAAUGCUUCGUGACCCGGAAUACUGGACGCGCAACCUCGUGACCACCUCGAUCGCCUUAGACGCUGGCGUUCCCCUGAUGAAUGAGUGCCCGGCUGUGGCUAUUGACACAGCAUGUCAACAAUGCUUCUCGUCCACCAAACAGGCAGCGUCAAGAUCGGCGAGGUGGUGCGCUACACGGUAACCUACAAGCCCUCGGCCGACCACAUCCUCCCGUCUCCCGAGUUCUUGUACCUGCGCAUCAAAAACACCAGCGCCAUUGCUCUCCGCGCCGCCUUUGUCCACGGACCCUACACGCUGUCGGUCGCCGCAUACCCAUCAACAUUCAAGCCCUUCGAGAAGUUCGAGGACCCGCGUCGCUAUGGCGUGCCGGAGUUCGAACCGAUGCUCAAGGCCGGCGCCGUUUGGAACUGCCACCUGGCCGUGCCCGACAACAUCCGCCAAGCCGCGGGCGAGGGCAGCAGCAAGCAUGGGCACUUCGGGGCGGGCCCAGAGCAUAACCAGGACAGCGUGUCGUGGGUUAUAGAGAUUGCGUCACAGGUCAUCUUCUCCAGCUCGGCAUCGGUACACUAUGAGAUUCUGUUGGCGCGCGACGAGAAAUCGCUGAACCUGGGAUCCGCCCUGCCCGUCCUUGGGGGCCAGGUGCAAGCCUCUCAGCCAGGGCGCGUGAGCGACUUUCAACAGAGCGCAGGCGCGUCGAAGCACCACCCAGCCCAGCCAAAGGGGGUCUUCUCUAAAGCCGUACACCUGAAAGUGGAAGACACUGCGGCCCUGUGGAAUACUCCGCAACUCCCCGGAUGGGACGAUAUGGGCUGGCUCCGCGCCAGGGAAAGCGAGGGCGGUGAUGCGCCAGUUGAACCCGCGACCAAGAGCGGGAAGCCCGAAAGUGCAAGGCCGUGGCCAAAGAAUAAGCAGAUAAAGGUCCAUCUGGUUGUGGUCACGCAUGGCUUGCACAGCAACCUUGGCUCUGAUAUGCUGUUUCUGAAGGAAAGCAUUGACGCAGCAGUCAAGCAGGCCCGGAUAGACGCCAAAGCCCGCAAGGCUAGGGAACGAGCUGCGAGGAGGCGCGCUAGCAGUGGGGUUGAUGCCUCGACGGAGGCUCCUGAGAGAAGCAGUCAAACCCCUACCCCAACUCCUCCUGGUACCGAGAAGGACGCAAGUGGGAGCCACAAUGGUCAGGAAGACGAUGGGAAGGGAGGAGAAGACGGUAUGCCUGAUAACGAUGGUGACGUUGACGAUGACGAUGACGAUGAGGAGGUCAUUGUACGCGGCUUCUCCGGGAAUGCGACGAAAACUGAAAAGGGCAUCAAGUACCUGGGGAAGCGGCUUGCGAGAUACAUCUUGUCUAUGACCUACCCGGAUCAACCCUGCUUGCCUACCGCCAAGGCAGCGUCGGAAGCCAUCGCCCACACGCUCAAGACGAGCGCGCAGAGCAAGGCUGCCGAGGAGGUGCAUAGGCACAGCUCGGUCCAUCAGGGCUCGUCACCCGGGGGUAAGCGGUUAUACAAGUUCACCAAGAUCAGCUUCAUCGGCCAUUCCCUCGGCGGCCUGGUACAAACCUACGCUGUAGCGUACAUACAGAAGCACUCGCCGCAGUUCUUCGGGCUGAUUGAGCCCGUCAACUUCAUUGCAUUGGCUUCGCCGUUUCUUGGGCUUAAUCACGAGAACCCGCUCUACGUAAAAUUCGCCUUGGACUUUGGCUUGGUGGGAAGAACGGGCCAAGACCUGGGACUGACCUGGAGAGCCCCGACGAUCGCGCGGAACGGUUGGGGUGCCCUCGUGAGCAACCUUGGGGAACAAGCCCAGAAGCGCGUCUACGGGGAGACGCAGCCAGAGUCCAAGCCGCUGCUCCGGAUCCUACCCACUGGUCCCGCGCACAAGGCGCUCAAGAGGUUCCGUAACAGGACGGUGUACUCCAACGUGGUCAACGACGGCAUCGUGCCGCUCCGAACAAGUUGCCUCCUUUUCCUCGACUGGCAAGGCCUGGGACGAGUGGAAAAAGCCCGGCGGGAGGCGGGCCUUGUAGAGACAGUCGUAGGGUUCGGAUGGGCCGAACUGACGGGUGCAACUGCCACUACUCCGAGACUUGUGCCCUGGUCGCCGGUAGAGGUGGGAGACAAAGACGAGACCACCGGUGGCUCGGAUAAGACGACUCCGCCACGGCGCCGGCCCGAAGACUCUCACGAAGUCCCUCAGCCGCCGACCAAUGCCAUGGUGGAAGACGACCAGGAGAGUCUCAGACCAAUGACCAGCUCCUACCGAGAACUUGAACCGACUUCUUCGGACCUGCAGCAUCUGCAGAGCUCAAGCACAACGAAUUCAUUUCCCUUUGCCGGGAUAUUUAACUUCUUCCGCAGCGAGACCCCAAAGCACCCGCCGGCUCCGUCGCCCAAGGUCACCAAGAUCUAUCAGCGAAGCCAAACCUUGAAGCCGGAUGCCUUAUCCGCGUCCGACUCUGCCACAUCGUCCAAGUCUAGGGUGACUAGUGGAAACGAGCUCACUGAGGAGACCGAAAGCAUGACGGCGCCGCCGAGGACAACCAUCUUUGAGUCCGCCGGCGACCUGCUCAACCCGAAGUUACCAUCCGUCGAAUUCCUCAUCGACCCGUCCAAACGUCCCCGGACCAUCUUCCAUGACCGCGUCUACCAUCCAUCUGACAUUCCGCCGCCACCGCUGAAACAGCGGUCUUCGAGCCCCCUGAACCUGCGUCGCCGGACACAGAAUUCGAGUUCGUCUCGGAGGACCACGCAAAGUGAAGCCUCCUCGGCACCGUCACCUCCACCACCGGGACAUAAGGGCCCCUCGGCAGCUCAGCCAUCCUACCACAGACAUAACGCCAGCGGGGGUGAUGGGUCGACCAUCCACACUGACACAUCAGACAAAGACAUUGUCGCCACACCACCGGCUGACACCAACACCAACGAAGUCGCGGACUUCGAUAUCGACACCUCACAAAUGCGCGUUGAAGAGAAGAUCGCCCGCGCCUAUCACCGCGGCCUUUCGUGGCGCAAGGUCCUCGUCAAGCUGGAGCCCGACGCGCACAACAACAUCAUCGUGCGCCGUACCUUCGCCAACGCCUUCGGCUGGCCUGUGAUUGAGCACCUCGUGCAAGCGCACUUCAGCGAUACCGCUAUCGCGCGGCGGAGGGACGAGGACGAACCGAAUGUGGACCGGGUGAAGAAGAUCACGGAAGGCCCUGAUGAACAGGGCCGGGAGACACGGGAUCAUGGUAUGAGAAAGAAUGCCAAGGGGGAAGGCGUUACUGUCGGUGGCAAUGACGAGGCCGCCGAACGAGGAGAGGAAGGUGAUAUAGUCCCAGAACUGCCUAAACCGAGCCCGAGGAGUGAGAACGGCAGCAGUAGAGGGGUCAAUGCGCUCGGAGUCUUUGCGCCUGCUGCCGGCCCCGGAUUCGCAUCGCCGACCACACCUCGGCCGACACUGGACAGGCUCGAUUCGGUAACGUGGAGCGAUCGGGACUGGGUAGACAGUGAAGGCGAAAGUGACGAGGGGGCACACUGGCGGAGCCGGAAGAAGGAAGCUGGAGCGGAUAGUGCAGGAAAGAGAGGGACGAGUGGUGAGAGGAGCUCGAGUCCGCUGAUGUGGAAUUGGACCGAGAAGAUCGUGGGGAAGGGCAUUGCGAGCCGGUCGAAGUCGCCCGCAGCCGGCGAUAGAUAGUAGGAAGUAGUAGUGGAGGCUUACGCGGUGAAACGCCUCAAAGGGAGGUGUUGACGGCUUGCGGCUUGUGCAGCGCUCUGCUUGUGUUUACUAUUUAACGACUGAUACUCAUGCUUGGAACAUAGAUGCACCUUGAUAAAAAUGCUCAAGGGGGGUCGAAUUGUUGUCCAUCGUUCCUGGCGUCCAAAUUGUGUGCCGACGCUUUGGUUUCAGAGCCUUUGCGGCAGAAGCGCGAUGAACUACUAGUAGGUACCUGAGAGCGGUCCGCUCCCGGCUUCCAUUCUUGCAUCUGGGUUCGAGGGUAUUGUAGAGGACAACUCUGAGUUUUGUAGACAGUUACGAGGCCUCCCUGUCAAGCUCGUUCUCCUCUUAGGUUAUUCGUUCUUUGCCUGGUUUUCCUGAUCAGUUCAUUUGUCAUUUCCAUUUUUCGAUUCAUCUUCCCCUUACCUUAGAACCUUU